AGAUGAACAAGAAACUGUGCAUUCUCCUUGUGCUAGUCGUUCUCUGCUCGGCCACCUUAGCCGGCAAGAGCAAGGAAUCGUCCAAGGAAAAGUCUAAGGAAAAGUCCAAGGAAAAAUCUAAGGAAGAUUCUGGUUCCAAGGAAAAAUCGAACGAAAGCUCUUCAAGCGAAGUAACCACUACGGCGGCACCAGAAACAACUACCGCUUUGACCACCAGUGACCGAUGUGCCGGACAACCCGAUGGAACGGUACUCCCAUCCUUAACCACCUGUUCCAGUUUUGUUACCUGUCAGGGUGAAACCGAAACAGCCGAAGCUACAUGUGUGCCUAGCGGUACCAUCUUUGAUUCGUCGAGAGGAGUGUGCGACUACGAGCCCAAUGCAGUUUGCACGAUCGAAGGUGAAACCACGACAGCAGCGGAAACCACGACCGAAACUGCAACGAGCGCUCCGGAACCGACUCAAAACGAACUGAAGGGCAUGUGCAAGGGAGUCAUCAUUGAUAUGAAGGCACAUCCUGGUAACUGCAACAAGUACAUCAUCUGUGUUCUGGGUAAACCAAACGUCCAGUCUUGUGGAAAGAACCAAGUCUUCUACUCAGACAUUAAGCUCUGUGCUUUUGGUGAUCCUAAGAAAUGCUAAACACAAUUGUAAUAAUGCUG